CGAUCGAUCGAGCGGUUUUGUCGAGUUUCUAGGUUUUGCGAGCUUGAUUUUGAGUCGUGUCUAGCGAAUCGGAUGGAUGCUCUACAUAGGUACCGAGCUUCAAUACGAUAGGACUCGGAAUCGCGUCACGGGGACUUCUGAAGAAAAGUCUGUGAGAAAUGGUCCAUUGUGGCGGCGGUCUAUCCCUUAUCUCCGCUUUGUACUUUUGGGAUCACCAUUUCAAAGCGUGCUUGGAAAAAAGAACCAAAGUUUGCGGUUCUCCUCGGUCAAGAAUCUCGUGUCCAAUCAUCGAGGUAGGAAACUUUCCUUUGGCUCACAGUAGAGAAGAAUUGUAUGGCAGGACUUUAGUGAGUGGCCGCAUUACCAGGAUCUAGAAGAUAACAUAAACAUGAUACAGGAGCGAAUGGUACACAGGCUUUCCUAUUUUUCUAUCAGGAAAUCCGAAGAAAUCCGUGACCAGGUCUGUUUAAUCCGUUUUUACCUGCUGCUAUCGUUUUCUUUUUCGUCUUGCAGGACGCACGGAUUUUUUUUUUUUUUGGGAACAGUAGAUUUGCAAUCCAAUAUCUUAGAUUGCUGUGAAAACCACUGAGAACAGUGCAUACCAACUGUAACUCGUGCUCUUGGAAAGGAGCUGUCGCAAAGAGGAUCUAGACGGCCUUGUACGCUCGACUCGUCCACCACACACGGAACGCUUUUCUUCGAUCACAAAAGAAUGUUCUUCAAAUACAAUAGAACUUACUUAAAACAUGGCAUUUGAAACUUGGGCGGGAAAUUACUAGCUAGGGUGUUUUGGAGAGCGUCUAGGGCGGCACGAGUAAGCUAGGGCUCGCGAGUCGCGACUAGAAUCCGGAUGGAUGCUCCACUGGGCCUCUCUGAUGAUGCUGCCGGGACAGACGAUUGGGAUGAUGACGACAUGGUGAGCUUGAUGAUGACUCAGGUGAAUUCGCCGCUACAAGCGGCCUCGUCGGUGCUCCAAAACAUCAGCAAUUCGGGGAAAAUCCAUGAGAAUGGUCUAAAUGCGGCCGUCUUUUGUCCGAUUUGCAGUUCCGAGAUCACUAGCAUGUCGAUCCAGCAACGCGAAAACCAUUCUAAUUUGUGUUUGGAUCAGAAAUCACAACAUUGCCAGAACGAUGUGCCAUCUGCGGUGGAGUGUUUGGAACAAAAAUCACAACAUUGCCAGAACGAUGUGCCAUCUGCAGUGGAAGAAGAUCAGAAUUUGCCAGUUGAUGUUGCUCCGGUGGUCAGGUUUCUGGAGAAGCUUAACUUGUCCAAAUACGUAUCGUUGUUUAUCAAGGAAGAGAUCGACUGGGACACCUUGCAUUGGCUUACAGAGGAAGAUCUCCGUAGCUUGGGAAUCGAUGCUUUUGGACCACGGAAGAAGAUUGUUUCCGCUUUAAGGGAGAUGAAAACACCUUUCUCCACUGAAGUUCCAGUUCCGGAGAAUGACACGCACAAAAAAAACGAUAACGAAGAAGACGAAGCUCUGCUGCCGCAGUCGGGCAAAAAGUAUAUCACAGAUUUUUUCGGAGCUACUGGAGGAACAGGAGGCACAAAACCCGCUUCUGGAAGAAAGAGAAACGGUGAUGCGUCACUCAGUAAAACUCGGAAGAAACCUUCCAAUUUAUUCAAAGCUGCCGAAGCACGGCAGUGGAUGAAAAUUCCAGGCACAACGUUCAGAGUGGAUGCGUUCAAGCACACGACUACCGAAUGUUCCCAUUGGUUUCUCACUCAUUUUCACAGCGAUCACUAUCAAGGGCUUACUAAAAGCUUUCGGUUCGGAAAAAUCUACUGCUCCAUGAUAACUGCGCGCCUUGUGAACUUGCGAAUAGGAAUUACGUGGGAUCGCUUACAUCCUUUAAACUUAAACGAAAGAACAAAGAUCGACGGAGUAUGGGUGACACUCUUGGAUGCAAACCACUGUCCAGGUGCGGCCAUGAUCCUUUUCGAAACACACGAUGGUAAGUUUGUCUUGCACACGGGAGACUUUCGGUUUUGCGAUGACAUGGCAAGAAUCAUGGAUAUCUUACCAUGUAGAUUGUCUGCAUUGGUUUUGGAUACAACGUACUGCGAUCCUCAGUACGACUUUCCAAAGCAAGAAACCGUCAUUCAGUUCGUUAUUGAUGCCAUUCAAGCCGAAUCGUUCAACCCGAGUACUUUGUUUCUAAUCGGAACUUACAGUCUGGGAAAAGAGAGACUGUUCUUGGAAGUCGCUAGAGUUCUUCGGAAGAAAAUAUACGUCGGAGCUGUCAAGCGCAGAAUGCUCGGCUGCCUGGAUCUCAGCGACGAGGACAUGGACUGGAUAACCACAAGCGAGUGCGAGAGCAGCAUUCACGUCGUCCCGCUCUGGAGCAUUGCGAGCUUCAAACGGAUGGCAUCCAUCUCCCGGCAUUACCACGGAAAAUACACCACCAUCGUCAGCUUCUCACCGACAGGGUGGAGCUUUUCCAAAGGGAAAAGAGGAACUGGGAAUGGCAAGAGAUGGCAGCAGGGAACUAUAAUCAGGUACGAGGUCCCUUACAGCGAGCACAGCAGCUUCACGGAAUUAAAAACAUUCGUGAAGCUUCUCUCGCCAGUGGAGAUCAUUCCAAGCGUGAAUAACUCCUCGAUCCAAGCAGCCAAAUCCAUGGUAGCCUCGCUAAGGCCUUAGCCAAAGAAUAGUAAAGGAAGAGCUAUGGACGAAAUUCGAGCUUGCGAUUGAUUUCUUUGUCGUGGAUGAGAUUUGAGCCCGCGAUCGGUUGGUUUGUGUUGCCCUAAGAGGUAGGAGCGAUGGCGAUGGCGCUGCGGCAGGCUCUUCUUCGCAAAUCGCCUUUCAAUUCAGUGCCCCGGCGCUCUGUCAAGUACAAUGCCGUGGAACUCCCGACGAACAGCUACAAUCGCUUCGCGCUGAAGAGCCAGGAAGAGGUGGAGCAUGACCUCCAUGAGAUCAGCAAAUGGAAGAAGAUAACUCUCGGGAUGAUCAUCGUGUGCCUUUGUGAUGGGUUCUAUGUCUACAACCAUCCGGAAGUUCAUGAGCCCAGAAAAGAGUAUCCAUACAUGAACGUUCGCCACAAGGAUUUUCCAUGGGGCCCGGAUCCUCUCUUGAAGACGCUGUUUGGCACGGAACAUUGAAUGGAGCUGGCUAGGAAAUAAUCCUCCGGAUGCUAGCAGAAUCAAUAAUUCUCACGCUUGGUUCUUGCUAGAGGUCCGUUGAUCCAUGUUCUUGUCGAUAAACACGUUCUGUGCAACCUCUUUUUUACUUCAGAAUCCAGACCAAAGUUUUUGGAAA